AGCUAUGGUGAUGUCAAUCAUGUUGGCUCCUCCUCCUCUGAUCUUUCUCUUCAUGAUUCACGGUGUUUAUAGUGCUGAUGAUGAGUGGGGUGUGAAUUACAGCUCUUCAUCCAUCUGUGCACUAAAGGGUUCAAUAGUGAUAAUAAACUGCACUUAUAAAUACCCUACUGGAUAUAAGAUCGUGAACGUGUUCUGGACCAAAACUGAUGGUAUACCACCAAAUGAAGAGCAUCCAGAUCUGUCUAAGGACUCUGAAUACAGUCAGAGGAUUCAGUAUCUAGGAGAUAAACAUCACAACUGCACCAUGAGACUGACAGAUGUGAGACAGACAGAUUCACAUGAAUACUAUUUCAGAUUCAUCACUGAUAAAGCAAAAUGGAUUGGUGUUCCUGGGGUGUCUCUUGAUAUCACAGAUCUUCAGGUGGAGUCUUCAGGUGAGAGAGUGACAGAGGGACAUUCAGUGACUCUUACAUGUAAAAGCAGAUGCAGUCUGACUGACAGAUCAACAUUCAUCUGGUUUAAAAACACACAGUCAUUAAGUGAGAGAACAGACAGAAACAAUCAACUCAUCCUGCAGUCAGUAAGAAGAGAGGAUGCAGGCAACUAUAGCUGUGCUGUACAGGGACACAAACUCACAUCACCUCAUCGAUAUCUCAAUGUCAUCUAUGCUCCAGAUAAACCUGUAAUCUCUAUCAAUCCUUCUGGUGAAAUAAUGGAGGGUGAUUCAGUGAAUCUGACCUGCAGCAGUGAAUCAAAUCCACCUGUUUACAACUACAUCUGGUUUAAGGUUAAUGAAAGAUCAUCUGUUGGAUCUGGACAGACGUACAGCAUCACUAACAUUAACUCCAGACACAGUGGAUGGUUUUACUGUGAGGCUCAGAAUGAAGUCGGAUCUCAGAGAUCUGCUGCUGUAUCGGUCAAUGUUAAAGGUAUGAAUAUAUCUUUAUUUUGA